AUGAAGCUUCUAACUAAAGAAGAAGAAGACGCCCACUACAGGUCCGUCGUCAAAGGCGGCACCGUCGGUGGCCUUGUCGGUCUUGCCGGUGGUCUUGCCGGUGUUCUUCUUGCUUCGCGCCGCUACCACACAAUCCGCAACCUCACUGUUCCAAUGAAAUCCUUCCUGGUGACGUCUUCGGGUACUUUCGCCGGUAUCAUCGCCGCAGACCACGCCUCGCGCGCAUACGAAAACGAACGCAACGCCGCAUACCAAUGGUACGAGAACCGCGAGGAGCGACUUCGUGCUGAGGAGACCCGCGGCCUGAGCUUCACCGACCGCGCCGUCGCCUUCGCCCGCCGCGAAAAAUACAAGAUUGUUAGCGCUACCUGGAUUGCAUCUAUGGUUGGUUCGUUCGUCCUUGUCGGUCGCAACCCUUACCUCAGUGGCCAGCAGAAGCUCGUCCAGGCCCGUGUCUACGCCCAGGGUCUGACCCUCGGUGUGCUGUGUGCUUCUGCCGCAUUUGAGAUCUCCGAUCAGCGCCGUGGUCGUGGCUUGCUCGAUGCGAAGAAGAAUGCCGCUAAGACCGAGGAUGCUGCGGAGCCUGCGCCCGUUCACAAGGAGCGUGAGUCUGAGGGUGAUCUCUGGAAGGAUAUGGUUGCUGCUGAGGAGGAGCGCUUGAACUCUAAGCAUCUGUCCCUUUAUGAGCACCACCAGAACCAGCAGCAGGCCAACGGUACUGAGCAGAAAAAGGCCGGCGAUGCGUCUGCCUCCGCUGAAAAAACCAAGGACUCCAAGUCUACUGAGAAAGAGACCAAGCCUGCCGAAGAGGAGUCAAAGUCCGAGGAAAGCGAUGAUGAGAAGGACUCUAAGACUGAGAAGAAGAAGGAUGAGAAGAAAGACGAGAAGAAGCACUCUUAA